AUGAAUGAAGACAUCGAUAACAAACAACUUUCACUAUGUGACCAACUCUGGAAUCGCGAAAAAAGUAAUGAUUUAGUGAAGAAAUGGAGAAGUAUCAAAGAUAAUUUAUUCAGAUACUUAAAAAAAAUAAAAGAAGCAUCAAAAUCGGGCUCGGGCGCUACGAAUCUGAAAAAGUAUCAUUUAUAUAACCAACUUCUUUUUUUGAGAAGAGUGGAACAAAAUGCCACCGAAUCUAGCUUAAACUCACCUAGAGAAAGCAACACUGAAUCUACGUCUACAAAUGAUGAAAUUACUAUAGACGAGUCUCCGCGCUAUGUUCCAGUCGCGCGCAAAAGGGCAAUGCAAAUAGAUGAGUUUGAAAGAGAAGGAUUAAAACUUCUCAAGGAGCCGGAAAAUCGCCAUAUGUCCUUUUUCAGAGCUAUAUUGCCAUCAAUACAAGAUUUUUCCGACCGAGAAACUCUCAGUUUCCAAAGUAAAGUAAUACAAAUUAUAAACGAAAUGCGGUAUGGACAAACAUCAUCAUAUGUGUGUGGCCUAUCAACGUCUCAACAACCAUUAUCAUAUGGGUAUCAAACAACAAAUUUUCAAAGUACAUACAAUUCUGAUUAUAAUAAUUCAAUUAAAUCUCCAGAUCAAGCAUCUCUAGCAAGUGAAGAAAACGAAUACGAUUUUUCAAAUAUGUAA